GCAGUUACAGCGGAUACUAAAGCCGUUCAGUCAUCAACAAUCGACGCCGAGUGAAUGAUAAGAAAGUCCAGGGCACAAGAUAUGAAAAAGUGAAAGCUACAGGGAGAAUAUAGUUUUGGUUCAUGUUAAAGUAUUUAACUCUCUUACUCAGAACCGUUUGUGUGGCUGCUAGCUAAACAGAAUCAUGUUUAUCGCUUCAGGAAAGUCGCCCCCGUGCUUUAAAGAUUUCACCCUUGUCAUGCCAGCAGUGGCAGUUGGUAAUGUGGGCCAGCUGGCGGCGGACCUCAUUGUGUCCACUCUGAACAUGAGCAGAGUUGGGUACAUGCACACAGACUGUCUCAUCCCCAUGGCUGGGAACAACCCGUAUGCCACCUGCAAAGAAGAUGCUGAGGAGGAGUUGCACACACCUGCAGAAGUCUAUGCAGCACCAGAGCUGAAGUUGGCAGUUCUUCAGAUCAGAGCACCAAUUAUUCAGUCAAAGUCCAAAAGGUUUCGUCAGUUGAUCCUGACUUGGAUCAAAGCCAGCGGCUUCUUCAGGACUGUGGUGCUGUCCCGCAGCCACGCCUACCAGAGGGAUGACCAACAGCUGCAAGGCCCUCCUUUGAGGUACCUGGUCACCCCGUCCCUGCUGAAGGUGAGCGCAGAUGCUCUAAAGGAACUGGGCUGGAGGGAGAUGGAGCGAGUGGCAGCCUAUCCAGGACUGAUAGACGCCAAUGCAGAGCCAUGCCUCUGCAUCCCUGGGGGAGGCAUCACUAAAGGACUCUUCACAGACAGUUGUGCAGAGGAUCUUCCGCUAGCUGUCCUGCUGCUCUUCUGUUCGGAAGGCAACAACAUCCCAGAUGCCUUCACUCUCGUCAACCACCUCAACGACUGGCUCCAUCUGCUGGACACUCCUAGCCAAGCGCCCAACAGCUGGAAGACCCCAACUUCCUGGAAUCUUCUUUUUGGCAGCGGCAUCCCUCCUGCACUGUUCUGAUACACACGCAUGUAGUUUUUGCUAUUUUAUUUUGUGGAGAAUUCAACAGAGUCAAAGCUCUGAACCGUCACAUAUGUUUAUCGACACCAUAUGAUGCUCUCUUGGAAAUGUAUCAGUUUCCUUUUAUUUCAAUAUUAAUCUGUAAAUAUUGUCAUGUAGAGGACUUGGCCUACAGUACAUGACUGGAAUACUGCUUCCUAGUACUGAACGGCUUGAAUGCUUUAUCCAAUAAAAGGUGGUUACAAGAA